AUGGCCGACCGAUGGAUGCCUCGACGACCGCCUGAGGCAGGUGUCCCGUGGUUACCGCUUUCUCCCCUCGAGACGCGAGACCAGCAGGAACUGAAAAUAAUCUCGAUCCCACUCCCCAUUGACGACCUCCCCCCACCUGGUUCAUUUCUUCGUCGUCUGCACCCAACAGAAUUAGGAAUUGGAACUCACCAUCUCCCGAUCGGGCAGGUCGGUGGGCCUAAAGUUGGUGCUUCAGAAGUUCAGGCGAGGGGCAACACGCCUUGGCAGCCCUCCGAGUCCAAUGACCAAGAUGAGGGAGGGGACUACACUAACCACGGAGUCGCGAGGCGAUCAGGAUCAGAUCAGUUCCUGUCAGGGUAUAACCGCCGUGAUAAGAAGCGAGAAGUGGGUGAAGGAUUGCCGUGUGUGCCGCCUCAUUGGGAUCCAGGUACCUGGUUCGCAAAGAACGAAAGAACCUGCUGGAGCUGGAGCUGGAACUGGAACCGAAACAUCGUAACUCCGACGUCCCGAGGCGAGGUUCCACCGACGAGCAAGCCCUAG